CCGGGAUGGUCCGAAUAGUCCUCCAGCCCUUGUGUGGUGAACGUGGGCUGCAGGAAUGAAAAAUGCUCGCGGUAUUGUACCCAACGUGCACCUGCCCUCUUCUGAUGCAAGUAAUGCAGGAACGCUCUCUUGCAUGUAUUUCGCUGCAGUCAGGAUUUGGAGUCUGUCAUAAGCUCUCCUGACCCAUUCAUCCAUCUGGAGAGGAAGAGGAAGGGGAAGUCUGCUUUCUCUGGAAUCCAGUGGUCACAUCCCCAUCAGAACCCCUGAAUGGCCACCUCAGGUGUCGUCAGCAUGGAGUUCUGAGGUCCAUGUGGCUCCUCAUAGUGAACAAGGUCUUAAGGAAAAUGCAGAGACGCCACAGCAGUAACACGGAUAACGUUCCACCUGAAAGAAAUCGCAGCCAAGCACUCAGCUCCGAGGCAAGCGUGGAUGAAGGGGGCGUCUUUGAGAGUCUGAAGGCAGAAGCGGCCUCCCCACCAGCGCUGUUCUCUGGCCUCUCAGGCAUCCCGACCGGCAGCCUCCCCGCCGCCCCAUUCCCGUCCAGCCUGGUGCUGGGGGCCUCUGCCGGUGGAGGGGACGUGUUCAUCCAGAUGCCAGCGUCCAGGGAGGAAGGCGGAGGCCGGGGCGAGGGGGGCCCCUACCACCACCGCCAGCCCCACCACCACUUCCACCACGGCGGCCACCGUGGGAGCUCGCUGCUGCAGCACGUGGGUGGGGACCACCGGGCGCACUCGGAUGAGGGGGGCGACGAGCAGCCGGGCACUCCCGCCCCCGCGCUGUCCGAGCUGAAGGCUGUGGUCUGCUGGCUCCAGAAAGGGCUGCCCUUCAUCCUCAUCCUCCUGGCCAAACUGUGCUUCCAGCACAAGCUCGGCAUUGCCGUGUGCAUCGGGAUGGCCACCACCUUCGCCUACGCCAACUCCGCACUCCGGGAACAGGUCUCUCUGAAGGAGAAGAGGUCGGUGCUGGUCAUCUUGUGGAUCUUGGCCUUUCUAGCGGGAAACACCCUAUACGUGCUCUAUACGUUCAAUUCGCAGCAGCUAUACAACAGCCUGAUAUUUCUAAAGCCCAACCUGGAGACCCUGGACUUCUUUGACCUGCUGUGGAUCGUGGGGAUCGCAGACUUUGUACUGAAGUACAUCACUAUCGCCCUCAAGUGCCUCAUCGUGGCCCUGCCCAAGAUCAUCCUGGCUGUCAAGUCCAAGGGAAAGUUCUAUCUGGUCAUUGAGGAGUUGAGCCAGCUGUUCCGAUCGCUUGUCCCCAUCCAGCUGUGGUAUAAAUACAUCAUGGGUGACGACUCCUCCAACAGCUACUUUCUGGGCGGGGUCCUGAUGAUCCUCUACAGCCUCUGCAAGUCCUUUGACAUCUGUGGCCGCGUGGGUGGAGUUAGGAAAGCCCUGAAACUUCUCUGCACCUCUCAGAACUACGGAGUCCGGGCCACUGGGCAGCAGUGCACAGAAGCUGGUGACAUCUGUGCCAUCUGCCAGGCCGAGUUCCGGGAGCCUGUGAUCCUAAUGUGCCAGCACGUGUUCUGCGAGGAGUGCCUGUGCCUCUGGCUGGACCGCGAAUGCACCUGCCCGCUCUGCCGCUCCCUCGCCGUGGACACCCUGCGCUGCUGGAAGGACGGGGCCACCUCGGCACACUUCCAGGUGUAUUAGGGCUGAGGCCCCGGCACGCCCAGGGACAUGACACAGGGUCAGUGCUGCUGGGUCCAGCUCUGAGGACUUCCCGGAAAACAGGUCGCAAGCACCUCCUGUCCUGCUUCCUGCCCGUGUCCACCUCUCCCCGCAAAGCCAGGCCCCUGUCCUCCCCACCCUCACCCUCACCCUCACCCUCACCCCCAACCUCACCCUCACCCUCGUCUCUUGUUCUGUGGCGUAGUGCGUGUGUCCUUCCCUGCAAAUGGGGAAGCUGCCUAACCCAGACUUGGUCUCUGCCCAGGUAGGUCCCUGCCUUCCCCUGCUCCAAGGCAAGGAACCCGGAAUAGACAAAGUCCCGCCUGUUGAUUAUUUUAGCUCAAGGUAACCGAAUACCUGAUGCUGCAAACUGGGGAGGGGCCUGCAGAUCCCUGCCUCCCCCAGAUGGACCUGGCCUACAGGCGAGGAUCACUGUGAAGUCGUUUUUGGGCAGGGCACCAGGCGUCCUGCCCAGAGGACCUCCUGGGACCCUCGCAACAGUUCCGGGGUCGAGGGACUGUUGUUGCCUCCAUUGCACAGCUAAGGAAACGGAGGCACAGAGCGCCACUGGUCACUCUGCCAGGGCCACCCAGCGCACCACGGUGGGCUGAGCUUCCCGCCCAGGCCCGGCUGGCUUCAGAGCCUGCGCUCGUAACCACCGUGCUGACCUGCUGCUCAGAUGCUGCAGGCCUGGGGCCCGGCAGACGUGGAUUUUUAAAAGCACGAGAGGUGACCCUGAGGCCCACAGGUGGCCCAGGUGCGUGGCAUGUUUAAUUCGGACUGUGUUGAGAGUGCUAAUGGGGAAUGCUACCACCGGAAGUCAAGCUGUGGCUGGGUCCGCGGAGAGGCUGGGUCCAGAAGUCGCUUUUUGCCUGAGCUCUGGGCCAGGUUGCUGAACCACGUGUGAGGACCAAGAAAGGCCAGCUUCAGCCCCAGUGCAGGUAGCGCUGGGUCUCCACACCCGUCCUCAAGACUUGUCAAUGGCCCCCGCGGACAUUACCUCUCUCCCAGUAGCCUUCAGAGCAAAAAGGACAAUCCAUGUCAGGGAUUGGUCCCCAAGCCAGGGUGGUGGCAAAGAGCACAGUAGCAGUCAGUGUUCCUGUCAUCUCUCCAUCAGAGCUACUUAUCUCUGUAGCAGACCCACCUCCCUCCCUGCUUUGAAGUCCGGGAGGAGAAGGCAACCUUGUUCCCGUAGAAGCCACUGGAAUCUUGCCUGUCCUGCUGUCUGUGCCAGCCCUGUUCUCUCAUUGACAGCUUCAGCACCAUGGGCUGGCGCCCGGGUAGGCAUUUCCGAGAAAGCACCCUGGGUGGCUGGUGGGCAGCUGAGCGAGAAAGCCUCAGGGCAAGCGGGCGGGACCCUGCUGCCCACUUGCUCUCAGCCAGUGUUAACGCCUGGCCCAGCCCCAGCGGAGUCAGGAUAUUCGCCCCCGUGUGCCAUCAAGCCAGGACCUUUUCUUUUCCCUGACAUCCUGGCUCAUUCCUGGUACCCAGCAAGAAAUCUCUUCCAGGGUUGCGUGGCAUCUUUCAAGCUCUGUUACUAUGGCAAUGGCCGCGAUGUUACAAUCCCACUUGCCUGGAUAAUCAAGUCGGAAAGGGGAGUGGAGGGAAACAGAGCCCAGUGGACGCAGCUUCUCUGCUCCCACCGCCUUGAGGAAGAACCACAGGGAAGGAAUACCAGCCUCUGCAACUGUUUUUUAUCAGCUCUCCCUGCCUACAGAUGCCGUCAAAGAGGCACGAGACAUCAGAGCUGGAGGAGACUUAUUAAAGUGGCCACGGGUGACUGGGCAGCUAGAGCCGUCUGCUGGGAGUCAGGCCUGGAGUUCCGAUUCUUUGUAUUUAUGUAAUUUAUUGGGGGUGACGUCGGUCAAUAAAUUAUAUAGGUUUCAGGUGUACCCUUCUAUAACCCAUCAUCUGUAUAUUGUGUGAUCGCCACCCCAAGUCAAGUCUCCUUCGAUCGCCGUUAAUCCUUCUAUAACCUCACCCCUCUUUCCCUCUGGCAAUCACUAUACUGUGGUCUGUGUCUAUGAGUUGUUGUUUUUGUGUUUUUGUGUUUUGCUUUGUGUUGUUCUGCUUAACCCCUUCGCCUUUUGCACCCAGCUCCCCAGCCCUCCUCCCCUCUGACAACUGUCAGUCUGUUCUCUGAGUCUGUUUCUAUUUUGUUUGUUAGUGUAUUUUCUUAACUCUGCGCGGCUUUGAGAAAUCACUUCACCUCCCUGUAGCCAUCUCCAUGGUGAUGAAACCUAGUGUAUUAUUUACUGGAACCAGGAACACUCACAAUGUGGAUUACUGGUGAAUACACCAAUCGUUUAAUCAGUUACAUUCGAGCCCCCUCU